AUUGAUUUGCGAUCUUAGCAGAUUGUCUUAUUGUGCACACGUGCUCAGGCAAUCUAAGAAGGUGGCAAAAACUCCUGUCGGAAAAACAAUUCAUUUCUGUAAUAGGUAGUUUGUGAGAGGAUUUUACAAUGGCGGGAGAGGAGGUUUCAUCCCAGGUCAAAUUCAAUGCCCUUCUAACACAAUGGGAUCAGGAUCAUGGCUCUGGAUCAUCACCAAUCCCAAGACUCAAAAAAAUGGCAGAAAUAAUGGAGAUGGAGGUAGAAAAUUUCUUGAAGCUGGAUGCAGAUCCGUUUGAUGAUCGUCAUCCAGGUCGGGUUGACCCCACUUGUGCCUUAGGUGACCUCUUUACCUCCCUCUUCAAGAAUGAUAACUUCAUGUCCAAACUGGUGAACGAUUACAUUAUGUCAUCUCGUGACAAGGAGAUCAAUACUCUGGCAUGUCGUCUACUUCUAGAUGUGGUUCCAGGUCUGGAGACAUCUAUCAUCUUUGAGGAAACGGAUGGCUUUGUAAAUCGCUUUGUUGAUUGGGCCACUGAAGCCGAGGAGCCCCUCAAGUCCUAUGCUACUGGCUUGCUAGCUGCUGCUGUAGAGGUCCAAGACAUCGCUGGAAACCUCAAGGACAUCAAUGCCAGACUUGUUCCAGUCAUGCUUCAGCGAUUGCGUGGUUUCAAGAAUGCAGCGAGUGAAGCAGGAAGUUCCUCCACAUCGCCGGUUUCUGAAGCUCCAGAGCGUCCCUUCGGUUGCUUCGACAAGCCCAACGAAGAACAGAAAAUGGAUGACAAGGAUGUUCCCAAUGCUGCUGCUCCUGAGAGCGAAGAGAAUGGCAAACCACAAACCAGUGGAUCCAGCCCAAAGGAUACCUCUCUUAACGCGAUGUCUUCAAGUGUUGAGAAUGGUACUGGUUCGACAAAUGAAGCAAGAAACUCAGUAAAAGAUGACUCUGAUAUGGACAACACUUUGAGAGAGAGAUUAGCAGGUCAGACUGAGGAGCUGACGGAAAAUAAUGUUGAAAGCUUGCAAGGAACACACGAAGGUGAUGCCACGUCACAAGCUGACACAUCCACCCCUGGUUCUACAAAGGACAGAACGUUGAGUGCCAAAAAAAGGAAAAGGUCAAAUGGUGUGUCUGUCAAGAAGAGCUCUGUGUCAAAGGGCAAGAGUCGAAGGACAAAGGUCAGAGGUUUCGACCGAGAAAGAUCAGCGCGUAAGCUGAGUGAGAACGAAGUGGAGCUUAGCAACAGUAGCUGGGCCGAAAUGUCUCGGUACAUCAUUGGUUCCCAGUGUAUGUUUCCCCUCAAUCCCAUCAUGCAACAGAGGUUUAUUCUGCAGUAUUUGACACCACUUGGAGAAUAUCAGGAGCUUCUUGGUGCCAUGUUUGAGAAUGGCUCUAUGGAAUUGGUGCUUCACUAUAUUGACCUCAACAAGACCAAUGAUGUCAGACUCACAUUUGAUGCUCUCAAGUACCUAUCCUCCCUGCUGUGUCACAAGAAGUUUGCCAUGGAGUUCCUAGAGCUGAACGGUCUUCAGAAGCUCCUGGAGAUACCCCGCCCAUCGGUAGCAGCCACAGGGGUGUCUCUCUGUCUCUACUACCUGGCUUAUAACGAGGAUACCAUGGAACGUAUCUGUCUCCUGCCCAGUCCCGUGUUGUUACAGAUGAUGAAUUACAUGUUAUGGUUGCUAGAGUGUUCUCACGAGUCAGGAAGAUGCCACGCCACCAUGUUUCUCAUGACCAGUCUUGGCUUUGGGGCUGUGCUGGACCUCUUUGACAGGAAAGACGGCCUCCGCAAACUUUUCAAUACAAUGAGUACACUAAGUAUCCUGGACCCAGAGGGUCAGAAUAGCGACCAGAGCAACAACGACGACGAUGUCUUCUCCAGUCGUCAGACCAUCAAACACACCACUCUGGCCCUCAAGAGGUACUUUGAGACCCACCUAGCCAUCAAGGUGGACAGUAUCAAGAGAUCCUAUGCCAGGAACCAGGGCCAGACCCCUCCGGAACCAAUACCUCCAUACAAGAACAUCCCAGUGACCCCUGAGACUACUCAGGAGAACAUGGAGACCAUGUUGGAGCAGGCUCCACUUCGGCUCCAUUGGACUCCAGCAGGAACCCUGAUCAAGCUUCAAGGGAUCCAGCCCCUCCUGCAGAUCAUCGCCCUGGCCACCGUAUGGAAGAACUACAGUGCCAGGAGUGAGGUGGUAAAGGCAGCCUUGGAUGUAUUAGCUGUUGUGACUGUAACCAAUAGAGGGCAGCUCCAGCUGUGUGAACAGGUUCACCUUCCAGACAAUUCAGAAAUCGUUGCAAUGAAUAUUGUGAACGGAGUAGCUGAAGGUGAAGUUCUUUCUGAUCCUGAUGUACAGAAGGCAGCAUUGCAGGUCAUCAGUAACUGUGUUUGCGGACCAUCAACUAGACUUGGAGGCAGCAUGGGUCGUUUUAUGAGUAACAGUGCGAAGAAGAAUCGGACAUCGAUCAGGAGUUCAACGGACAUCAUUGAGAAGAUGUGGGAGACCGUCCGUACUAACAACGGUAUCAAGACUCUCCUCAACUUACUGACAGUGAAGACGCCCAUCACUGAAGCGGACAGCAUCCGAGCCCUGUCCUGCAAGGCUCUGUGUGGCCUAGCAAGGUCAGAGGUCGUCAGACAGAUCAUCAGCAAGCUACCCAUCUUUUCUAGAAGUGGACUGCAGACUCUUAUGAGGGAACCUGUACUGCAAGACAAACGAACUGAGCAUCUCAAGUUCUGCAAGUGUGCUUCAGAGCUAAUUGAGAGAGUGACUGGAAAGGCAAUGUCUCUAGGAGCUGAUGCUACACUGUCCAAGAUUCAUAAGGCUAACAUUGUAGCACAAACCAAGAUUAGAUAUGACAGCAAGGAAUUACUGCAGCUCAUUCAUAAUCAUCUAAGGGGACAAGGUCUUGGAGAGACAGCCAAAAUUCUUGAGAGGGAAGCUGGUCUUCGUUUAGCCAAUCAUUCUACAUCCUCAGCGGUAUCGUCAUUGCAAUUAACUCCUACCAGUACAUCUCGAUCAUUGAGAAACACACACCUUGCUCACGGCUCAGCAGCCGCGUCAUCAUCAUCCAGCCAGUCAGAUCCAGUCAACCAACCAUCAACCUCCUCGGGGACUCCUACCAAUACCAGUACCGCAUCGUUGCCUCCUCCUAGGAUAGUGUUUGGUCCAGACUCAAGAGCCUCACCUUCAAGUGCCAGGAAUGCACCCAGGAGACGAGUCAUCAGGGAGAAAUCAAGCCACAGUCACCUGACCCCUCUCGGCCAAUCAAAACGGGCCGCAUCGUUAGGAAAUAUUGCAUCAUCACGGCCAUGCAAGUCACCGCCAAGCCUUGAUAUCAUUGUAUCACAGUACCUCAGAGAACAGCAUGCGCACUGUAGCAACCCUGUUGUAGCCUGUCCAUCAUUCUCUCUCCUAGAACCUCACCAGUGCCCAGAGCCCAAGUUUAGACAGAAUGCACCUAUCAAUGCUACCUCUAGGUUAUUCAGGAGAUCGAUAUACCCAGCACACGGUGGAAGGGAUGGAGCCAGGUGUUCAAGGCAUUUUGUGUAUAGCAGGUUUCAUCCGAUGCAGACAUUCCGUGAUACAGAAGAUGAUAGCUGGUUCACAUGUUGCUCUUUCAGCAAACACGCAAAUCCCAGAGACCAGUUCUUAUGGCUAGGGAACUAUGCAGGAGAACUCAAGACAUACAACUUAUACUCAGGAAAUGAAGAGACGUCAUACGUUUGCCAUGACUCGCCAAUCAGAUUAGUGGAGCCAUCGAGAGAUGGUCGUCUUGUCCUGACAUCCAGUACGUGGAGUCAUCCCAUGUCUGCUCUUUGGGGAACAGAGCCAUCGUUUGAUAGGAAGUUUUCCUUCAAUGAUGAUGUCCAUGUAGAGUUCAGCAGGGCUUCACAAGAUCGUAUCAUCGGUACUAAAGAUGACAGAGCUCAUAUAUACGAUGUGGCUACUGGUAAGCUCAUCCUCACCCUGCAAGAUGGCCAGCUGAGCAACAACUACACCAAUAACUGUGCAACCUUUGACCCCACGGACGAGCUGGUGCUGAACGACGGUGUGCUGUGGGACGUCCGGUCGGCCAAGCACAUCUACAAGUUUGAUCAGUUCCAGAACAAGAUCGGUGGGCUCUUCCAUCCAUCCGGCCUGGAAGUCAUCAUCAACUCAGAGAUUUGGGACAUAAGGACAUUCCAUUUGCUCCAUACAGUACCCGCUCUAGACCAGUGUCGUAUUGUCUUCAACAGCUUAGGCACUGUCAUCUAUGGAGUUAUCUUCCAAUCUGAUAGUGAUGAUGAGCUAGUGGAGGAGAGGAUGAAGAGUCCAUUUGGAUCAUCGAUCAGGACGUUUGAUGCUACGGAUUACAAACCUAUCGCCACUAUCGAUGUGAAGAGGAACAUCUUUGAUCUCGCCACAGACCCUCAGGAUAAAUAUCUAGCUUUGGUUGAACAACAAGGAGGUGCAGAUAGCCUGGAUGUGGAAAGCAUUUGCAGAAUGUAUGAAGUAGGACGCCCUCGCAAGGCAGACGGUGAAGAUGAUGACGAGGAAGACCAGACGGAGGGUGAUGAUGAUGGAUCCGAUGAUGAUGAUGAUGACAGCAUGGAUGACCUUGAUGACCUGAUCGGUGACCUGGCUGGUAAUGGGGGUGGAGGUGGUGAUGAUAAUGAUGAUGACCUUGGCGACAAUGAUGACGAUGACGAUGAUGAUGAUGAUAUCAGCGUGCUCUCACAAGGAAGCGGGAGCUUACUUGGGUCUGACAGUUCAAUAAAUAUACCUGACAGUUUCCUCUUUCGUGAAGAUUCAGAUUUUAGUGGACCUGACUUUGGUAAUGAUGACGAUGAUGAUGAUGACGAGGAUAACUUUCGCUAUACACUUGGAUCCUGGUAACCCAGUGAUGUCCUUUUGUUCCUUGACUUCGUUUGGAUGAAUCUCAGUUGAGAACGAAACAACAUUCCAUUUCAAAGAGACAGAGAAGAGAUACAUCAUAAUAUUACACAGCACUUUGCAGCUUAUCACUAUUUUUGUCGAGUGGGAAAAAUGGUGUGAUGUUACUAGACAACU